GGACGUGGACCGAGUUUUCCCCUGUUCUCUCCCACCAUCAAAUGUGGACGUGGUCUCAGUUUCCCCUGUUCUCGCCCACCAUCAAAUGUGGAUGUGGACUCAGUUUCCCCUGUUCUCGCCCACCAUCAAAUGUGGACGUGGUCUCAGUUUCCCCUGUUCUCACCCACCAUCAAAUGUGGAUGUGGACUCAGUUUCCCCCUGUUCUCACCCACCAUCAAAUGUGGAUGUGGACUCAGUUUCCCCCUGUUCUCGCCCACUAUCAAAUGUGGAUGUGGAUUCAGUUACCCCCUGUUCUCGCCCACCAUCAAAUGUGGAUGUGGACUCAGUUUCCCCCUGUUCUCGCCCAACAUCAAAUGUGGACGUGGACCCAGUUUCCCCCUGUUCUCACCCACCAUCAAAUGUGGAUGUGGACUCAGUUUCCCCCUGUUCUCGCCCAACAUCAAAUGUGGACGUGGACUCAGCUUCCGCCUGUUCUCACCCACCAUCAAAUGUGGACGUGGACCCAGUUUCCCCCUGUUCUCACCCACCAUCAAAUGUGGAUGUGGUCUCAGUUUCCCCCUGUUCUUGCCCACCAUCAAAUGUGGACGUGGACCCAGUUUCCCCCUGUUCUCACCCACCAUCAAAUGUGGAUGUGGUCUCAGUUUCCCCCUGUUCUCACCCACCAUCAAAUGUGGAUGUGGACUCAACUUCCCCCUGUUCUCACCCACCAUCAAAUGUAGACGUGGACUCAGUUUCCCCGUGUUCUCGCCCACCAUCAAAUGUGGACGUGGACCCAGUUUCCCCCUGUUCUCGCCCACCAUCAAAUGUAGACGUGGACUCAGUUUCCCCCUGUUCUCGCCCAACAUCAAAUGUGGACAUGGACUCAGUUUCCCCCUGUUCUCACCUACCAUCAAAUGUGAACGUGGACCCAGUUUCCCCAUUCUCGCCCACCAUCAAAUGUGGACAUGGACUCAGUUUCCCAGUGUUCUUGUCCACCAUCAAAUGUGGACGUGGACUCAGUUUCCCUCUGUUCUCACCACCAUCAAAUGUGGAUGUGGACUCAGUUUCCCCCUGUUCUCGCCCACCAUCAAAUGUGGAUGUGGACUCAGUUUCCCCGUGUUCUCGCCCACCAUCAAAUGUGGACGUGGACUCAGUUUCCCCGUGUUCUCGCCCACCAUCAAAUGUGGACGUGGACUCAGUUUCCCCCUGUUCUCGCCCACCAUCAAAUGUAGACGUGGACUCAGUUUCCCUCUGUUCUCGCCCACCAUCAAAUGUGGACGUGAACCCAGUUUCCCCCUGUUCUCACCCACCAUCAAAUGUGGACGUGGACUCAGUUUCCCUCUGUGCGUGCCUACCUUGCCACCAUGGCUCAUUUCACAUUCACUCAGGAAAGGAAGAAAUAUUAUUUUUAAUAGGCACAGUUUCCCUCUGUGGCGAGAGGAGGAGUAUCUGAGUAUCAUCUUCAAUGCGAGGGCUGGGUGGAGAAACGUCAACUUUAAGGAUGCCUUGGGGGAUUUAAGGCAGGCGAACAGCAGUGCAGCGGGGCAGGAGAUGUACUUUGGGACAGUGGACGAUGGCGGGCGGUGCUCCUUCCUGGGCGGAUCUAGUGCAAGGGGUUGGUGA